AUGCAGUUCGCUGCUUGCUUGCCGGUGCCUUCGACACUUUCGUCUGGCUUGAAGAGACUGCCUUUGUCGGCGACAGAAGGUCCCGACUUGGAAUCACCCAGGCAUGUCUUCACCCAAAGGUGCUCUAAGCCAAUUUGCGCACUUUCACUCAGCCUGGCGGUUCUUUGCAGAAGCCGUUCGCGCACAUCUCUGCGAAUCUCGAGGCGGGAUGUCAUUAGUACCGGACUGGUGUGGUCGUAUGGUGCGAAGUGUGCGGCAGCCAAAGAAGCUGCUGCAGCUCGCACAGCUCCAGAAGUUGCGAAGGCGCUUUGGGCUGGUGGCCUUAGCAGCGGUGAGGACUUAGAUGCUUGGGUGGCAGCUUUCGCUGCGGAUUGCGUGUACGAAGACCUAUACUAUGAGAAGCCUGCUACGGGUCGUAUUGAAUUACGAAACUUGCUCCGCGACAAGCUUCUGCCAAAGGGGGCACGCAUGAUCCUUGACCACGUAUCAGAUGGCCAAUCCUCCUGUGGCUUCACGUGGCAUAUCCAGCAAGAUGGCGUGGGAACAGGCCAGCGAGGCCUCUGCUUCCUGCGCUUAAACAAAAGUGGUGAGGUUUCUUAUGUACGUGAGGUUGGUGAACCCUUGUUCAAGGCUGGCGUGCUGACUGAGCAGCUCUUGCAAGCCUUGACAAAAGACCAACCUAUCAGCAAAGCUCGUAGCUCCAGUGCAACCAAGCUGCAGACACCACGUACAGCUGGAGGCAUAGUGAAGUAUCUUUACGGUGACGUUCAACAGACUGGUGGCGAUGCUGUCCGUUUCUACGCAGAGGAUGUUGUCUACGAGGACAUGAACUAUGACACACCCUUCGAGGGUAAGGUUGCCAUUGAAGGGUUCCUCAACCGAUUCCAAAACAUUCAAGGCGUCACCUUUGUGCUGGAGGAGGUCUCUGAUGGAGACAAGGCUGUGGGCUUCACGUAUCAUAUCGACGUGGCAGGGCAGCCGCGAGGCAUCCGGGGCGUCACCUUCUAUGAAGUGGAUGAUCAGGGCAAGGUCAAAUAUGUGCGAGACGUUCCAGAAUCUGCAACCAAGCCACCGCCAGUUCAGCAGGCCAGGCUGCCGACGGACGACAAGCUAAACUUUUGA